CUCAAUUGAUAGAGCGUCAUUUGUACGUAAUGGAGUCGAUGUUCUUUUCGACAAGUUGUAAUUGAAAUAAUUAUAUAAUUUUAUACGAAAUAUCACAUAAAACUGUUUGUUAUUGUGUAUUACUGGAUUGCAGUGAAUGGUUAUAGAUAAUUUAUGGAUACCACACGUGAUAUAAAGCUUUCAAACAACCUCGUUUUAUCAAUGAACGAUGAUCGUCUUGAUAUAAAGGCAAUUGUGUUGCGCGGACAACGUCAAUUAUAGUUUUGGCUGAGAACCAGGACUAGUGUUAAUGGUUUUGAGGGGGCACCUUUGUGGACCACAGUUAGAUGAAGGUAUGGCCUCAGAUCAACCUGUUAAAAAGAAACAGCGGAUUGACGCGCCAGAUAUUGACGAAGGUAGUGACCGAUCCACCGAGGAUGUUCUCACUGACAUAUUUGAUUCUGAGAAUACUCCUGCUGAGACUUCUGAGGAAUUCCCAACUCGAAAUGGCGAGUCUCCAGACAGCGGGACUGUCAGCGAAGAUGCUGUUGAUUGUUCCAGCCUCUUGAGACUUCCAAGCGACACUAAUGUGGAAAUCAUACCAUCCUGCUCCAACUCUACACCACAUUGGAGCUCAGAGGAUGAUAAACUGUUGGCUGAGCUAAGAAUACUUCAGGAUGCGCUGGUAGGUCAGUGUUUAUGUAGAUUUAAUGAGACAACAGUAUCCCAACUAUUUGACAGACAACUCAAUAUUGUAACUUGGCCUUUGACAUGUUCCCUCACUUAUUUAUCCACAAUGCAGCUAAUGUUUGAUAUAUAUUUAAAACAAAACAGUACAGGCACUAUAUGUUCAAAGAUAAUGGCAGCAUGUGACAUAUUUGUUAGGAAUAGGCAUGAUUGGAUAACAGAGGUUGUAGAAUUGGCAGACCAUAAGAGUAAAUUUAUAACAUUUGUAGCAUGUAGAGUAUUAGCCAGCUUCCUUAUAGUGUCAAAAGAUACUGUAGAUGAGAACUGGCUCCAGCAAAUUGCAGAAAACAUUUAUCUGUUUGAUAGAAUCAAUAGGAUAACAGUACAAAAGAUUAACUUCAGUCUAGACAUUAUAAAGAGGAUAGUCGAGUGGAAAGAUGUGGAACAGCACCCUUUAGAAGACAGUAGUUAUAUUAACUCAGGGAAUGUCCAAGUGCAGGAAGAUAAUCCCUUCAGGAGUACUGUUGGCUAUGGAACUAAUAGCAAUGAGAUGCCCUCAAGCUCCCAUGGUAACCUGCACAAUGCAUUUUCGAAUCUACAAACACAUGGUGUGGCCUCGACAUCAUCAGAGCAGGAAGGACCGUCAACAUUCAGAUUAAAUGAGCCAGUAUUAAAGUUAUCUAAUGAAAGAGAUAUGGAACAAUCAGAGUCCCCAGAGCCUCCUCAGUCAAGGAUAGAGAGGGUCAAUGAACAUGGUUGUGUUACAGUUGUCCUCACAGACUCUGAAUCCUUCGACACAUCACAUAUAAAAUGUCUAACAAUAAAGACAUUAGAGCACCACUGGCCAGUGCUUGUAAAAAAUAUGAAGCUUCUUCUUCUAAGGUACCUGAAUUUAGCAAAUGCUGAAAAUUGUAUACUAACGUUUUUCUCAUUAUGGGAGAAUAUUAUAAGUGUAAAAGCGAAUCUCUCGGUAAUUGACACAAAACCAUUCUAUGCAGAUGCAGACUUGCAAGGCUUUGUAGACCUGCUACGGAACACAGUGUUGCCCAGUCUAAUUUAUACUCAUUUACUAAGUUUGUUCAAUGAAGUUCUGUGUUAUGGUUCAACAUUGGCCCUACAAGAUAUUUUACCUGAAGAGAUAUGUUGUCUAGCACACUCAAUUGUAAGGUUUGUGAAAGACUUCAGACUACUAAAUGAUGUAAGGGUUCAGACUAGCAGAAGUGGCUUUGGAUUUCUGGGACAUGAAUGCACAAUUCUGAGAGAUUACUCUCUAGGCCCUGAAGUAGCGCCAUUAUCGUCUUCCAUACAGCUUGUAGAUCAGAGCUAUGGUGAAGAUGAACAUGAUGAAUCACAAUCAACAGGGGAAGUUGACAAAACAAUGCUACAAAGAAUGUCUUUAUUAGUUCUCAAAUCUGUAGCUGUAACUGUGAAGGAAAUGCGAUGCGAUUCCUCCGACAGUUCAAUAGAUUCUUCAGAUUAUAAUGCGAUACAGGAUAUGCAGAUAGUAGAAAGAUCGAUACGCGACGUACUCAAAAAACUAGACGUUUUCAUCAGAAAUAGUCUAGAGUUCCAUCCUGAGACACCAUUCACGAAAAUGCUGAUUCAUUUAUUUAGUGAACAGGAUGAUUAUUUGAUUGAAUCCAUGGUAUGCACUCUUGAUAUUACAGUAGGGAUUGUUUACAGAAACUCAAUGUACCCAGACCUUAUACCAAUGUUGAACCCAAUAUCUUCUUUCAUAGAAUUCCUGAAGGUAGUGUCACAUGAAAGUGAUGUGUUGCUGGAUUAUUUGGUGAGCAAUGAGACAUGUUUCUUGUUAUACUUACUCAGGUUUUUGAAGUAUGUGAGGAGGAAUUGGCCAAAAUUCUUGGAGACAUGUCAGCAAGCAGAUUCUGGUGGAAGCAGAGGUCUAGAUGACACCAUGAGAGUACUAAUACGAUUGAGAUUACAGAUCAGUAGACUUGUGUCCAAGUCACUGUUCCCAUACAAUAUCAGUCCUGUACUAAGGUUGUUGGAAGUCUGUGAGAGUUUGUAUGAAGGGAAUGAGUUUAGCUGAAUAUUCAAUAAAGGCCCAUGCUGAAGUCAAGAGUAAAUACAAAUUAACAAACAAUGCUAGACUGAAUGAAAUAUGAUAGAAACAUUUCAGCAAAUUCUUAAAUCUAAAUCAUUCAUUACAACAAUGUCCCAUGUAUGGUCUAGCCGUCUAGUGCACCAUUCUUGCAUUGAAAUAAACUUAUCUAAAAAGACUGCCGACUCAUUAUACAUUCCAAACAUUGCUUAGUUUUGUGUAGUAAUUAAUUCUAUUUAAUUUAUAUUAAUUUGUAGUGUUGUAACAUUUUUGUAAUAUUAUGUGUAGCACUAAUUUUAAUGUGUAAUUAUAUGUUACUCAGUCUUCCUUUUAUAGUAUGUUCCUUUAACGCAAUAUGUUUAAAAUAUUGGGGCACUGUAGUUCUUUAUUAUGGUACAAAAAAUUAAUUUAAAAUUAUAUGCUAAGAUUAUUUCUGACUGUUUGGUUUACAAAAAUUUAAUUGUAGCAGUGUUCCGAACAACGCCCAAUAAUGUGCCUUACCAUUAUGUAAAAAUAGGGUGCUCGUUAAUAAAUAUUUUUAUGUAGUAAUAAAAUGUUUUCAAAAAUAUAUUUAUAUUAUAUUUAGGGCAGCAUGUUGCAUAAUAGAAUUAAAUAGUAGUUGUAGGAGAUUUUUAGAAUUAAUUUAUUUUAGUUUUUAGUUAAUCGGUUGUAUUAUAUAUUUAGUUUUGAUAUUGCAUAUAAAAUGCGGGUCUAUAACAUUUUUGUUUUAAACUAAAUUAUAUUCCAUGCCACUAUGAUGUACAUAAUUGCCAUCAAUUACCAUUUUAUAAGUAAAUGUAAUCAGUAUUAAUACAAUAUCCUAAUUUAUAUCUACAUUAUAAUAUAAUAAAUAUCUCUGUGGUUUGGUAGACUUAUUAGAUGUAUUGUCAAAAGCAAGGUAAAGCUAUCAUAUUCUGCAUUCUGCACAAUUCAAACUAGCGCAAUGGUGAGAGAUCCAUGAUUUGGUUUGAAUGGACUCCUCACAAAUCACCAGUAAGUAACUGGAACUAACCAUUAGCAAUGGCUCAAAAAUUCCAGAAAUCACUUGUAACUCCUUAGGUAAUCCUUUGUCUCCUUAUCCCCACUACACACAGUGUGGACCACACUCUUGUAUCUUCCUUCCAAAUUUUUAUGAUUCUUCUUAAUAAGUGUACCAAACACAAAACCAUACUUUGACUACGGGAUCUUAUAUGUUUUAUAGUAGCUUUAAGUGAUAGAACGACAACAGACUGUUAUGUAGGUAUAAAUGUGUCCAUUUUGUUACUUCCAUUUAGAUAGUAAGAUGUUAUAUUAGUAAUUUUUAUUAUUCAUUGGUUAUUUGAUAUGAAUACUGAAUCUCAAAAUUGUGGACCUCUUAAAUCUGCACACCAGUUUAAAGUCUUAGUAUCAUCGUGAAUUUUGUUUUCUGAAAAAUGCUAAUAAAUCUAUGGGAUUGAAAUUUAGUUUUGGUACUUAGAUAUUAUUAACUAUGUAUUUUUUAAUACUUACCCUGAUCUUGCCAACAGUACUACCGUAAAACUUGCUAGUUUUUUAUGUCUGUAAUACUUUUAAGAAAAAAUGCAGCAUCAUUUAUUUUAUUUUUUAUAUUUUCAGUAGUUGUCAAGAGGCUGAAAAAUUAACUUUACACUACACAAUAAUUUUCCUAACAAACUCCAUUUACAUAUUUCAAUAAAAAUACCUAUUGAUUGAUAUUUAAAUCGUAUAUUCUGGCUUUUUUAACAUCCUGAUUUGUGUAAAACUUAGGUUUAUAAAUUGAAAAUUGAAAACUUUGUAUUUAUAAGCAGUAAUUUAAGUACUUGUUAUUGUUAAGUAACAAUAAUUUAAUUUAAAUAACGACAUUAAAUGAAAUAUUUUUGUACAUGAUGA